AUGCACACUACCUACACUACGACCACCUGCUACUACUACCACUCCGCCGCCGCCGCCGCCGCCGCCGCCGCUGACCUCCCCGUCCAGCACUCGCCCAUCACUUUGUUCUCCAGUUUCAGCUUCCCGAGACGGAACUCCCAGCUGGCGAGACGGCCGCUUGUUGAUUUGACGGUCGAACGCGAGAUCACACCGCGAUCCGGAUCUUUACCGGUCGGUCGAGAAUCGGAUAUCCCCCACGGUGACGCCCUCUUCGGGGACGGCCAGCCUCUCUACACAUUGGGGCUCCUUGGAACCUGUCACUGUCACCGCGAUAAGAGCGCUUGGCCAAUUUCGUCAACAUUCCAUGGAAGACGAAGGCAAGAUCGCAUCCCGCCGAUAACCCACCCGACCUGCGUCCGAUCUGCACCUGUUAUCAUCGACGAUUCAUACGCCUCCCCCGAGACUGCGGCUUUCCACGAAGAAGGCUACGAAGGAGCCCUCGUGGCCAGGGUGAGUUCCCCAAGGGAUCUCCUUCCCAUGUCUGCCUACGGGAAAGCCCAACCGCCACAACUUCAUGGCUACGAUGCCGGGCGAGGUUACUCCGACAACACGUUCCCUUACACGGCCCCAAGCUACGGGUCACAGCCCCCGGCGCCGGCACCGACUGCCGCACCCCUCUAUCAACACGCGCCGCAGCUGACACCCGUGGCAUACCCCCCGAAUCAGGUGCGCACACCGUAUGACGAACAGACCGGCCCCUACCUGAAUGUCGGCGUCUCCACGCCCGAGAUCACAUCAUACUCGCCUCGCCGCGGGACCCGGGAUACCAAGUUCUCCGUCUACAUCUCGUCGCUGUACGAGCUGAUGAGCGAAGACAGCACCCCGCAUUUCUUCCUCAUGUUCGGCAACGUCAAAUGCCAGGCGGCAUUGCAGAAGCUGACGCAACAGGGAGCCGUCUGUUCGUACUCGGUCACGACCGAAGUUCCGUCGUACAGCGCCACCGGGUGGACCUCGUCCGCGGCGGUCCCCAUCUCCAUGUGGAUGGAGAGCGGCGAUGGAGAUCUGAUCGGGAAACUUGAGGUUGGGGACUUUACCUUCGUUGACGGCCUCAGCGCGACGAGCGGCUCCCAAGAAAACUCUCGGAAGCGCAAGUUGUCCAUCGACUCAACCGGGUUGAUGCGCAGCUCGUCCAAGCGGGUCUCCAACCACCAGCUCCGACCCAAAGAGGAGUACGGCACGUACGGGUACGCCCAGAGCGAGACGCCUCCGUCGUAUUCGCCGUAUCUGCAGUCGAGCAGUAAUUACAACCACCUCGUGCCCCCGUACCAUCGAUCGACAGGAAGCUAUCAAGGGCCGCCGCCGCAGCAGCAGCACCAGCAGCAGCAGCAGCAACCGAGACAUCUGGCGUACGGCUACCAGUCCUCCACGACGGCAUCUCCGCCCACCAUCAAGGAGCAAUCGCCGCAAGCGAGUAGCUGGUACCCCUCGGGGCCGACGGCACCACGCAGUCAAGGGGCGCAAUCCCAUCUCGGUCCGUCCCGGCCCGCUCUGUCUCUCCUUCCCACAUCACAAACGACGCCCACCCUGAUCCGCACCUCGACCAUCCAGCAGACUCCCAGCCCGGCGACGACGCCGCACGGAGGAGCGCAUUUCAGCUCCUAUGGGGGGUUGAUGUACCCGCACAAGGCGAAGCUCGAGAUCCACGGGAACCUGGACGACAUGACCACGGGCUGGUCCGACGACGAGUGGGAAUCGCGGCGGCGGCUGGUCCAUUUCCGACAGGCACAGUCCGGAAGCACCAUCACGGUCACGUUCACGCCGGUGACUCCCGAAGAUCGGCCUCAGAGUACGCCCACCAGCGGCACCAUCAGCUGCAUCUACUGGGAGGAGAAGAACGAGUGCUUUGUCACGAGUGUGGAUACCAUCUGCCUCUUGGAGAAGCUGCUCAACAGCCAGUUCUCGGUGGAGGAGAAGAACCGGAUCCGCAGGAACCUCGAGGGCUUCCACCCGAUGACGGUCUCGAAGGGGAAAGCCGACAGCGAGGAGUUCUUCAAGGUCAUCAUGGCGUUUCCCGCGCCGAAGCCGAGAAAUAUCGAGAAGGAUGUGAAGGUCUUCCACUGGAAAGACCUGCUGCUGACCUUCGCCCAGUCGGCUUCUCCGGCCUCGAUCCUCCCGCCGGCUCUGACGCCGGUCAGCUCCUCGACGGGGUACGGGACCGAGGGCUCGUCGACGGGCUACGGCGGCAUCUCCCCCCGCUCCAUGGCCAACUCGACGACGUCGACCUACACCAGCAACCUGCCGGCCCGGGUGGUGUCCCCGCACGAGCACAAGUCCCUGAUGCUGCACGGUGGGCCUCCUGACCUCCGCGUCGGCAUCUCACCGCACGGGCCCGAGGCCUCGAGCGGCUGGCCCGGCGGGCCGCCGCAUCAGCUGCCGGCGCACUCCUCGUACGCGCCCCUCGGCCAUCAGCCCCCCCCUCGGGACGCGUGGGGCAUGUACCUGGAGAACAGCCCCGCGACGGCCGCCUCGCAGCCGGGUAGUGGAUUCGGGGGGCGACGGUCGGAUGGCGCGGCGUCUGUCGUCGAGUCUGGCGUCGAGUCUGUCGUCGUCGCAGCAGCCGCAGCAGCCGCCGCAGCAGCAGUCGCAGCAACAACACCAACAACAACCACAUUCACAUGGUCAGCAGAUGCCGCAUACGUGAGAGACUCGUGCCGCCUUGAGAUUGGGGAUGAGGGUCGCGGCUUGGCCUGGCCUGGCCUGGGCUGGCCUGAGCCGGAUCCCGGUCGUCGAUCAUCUCCUCACAUGCGCUACGCAUCGACCCAUCUGGCAUCGACCCGUCUGACAUGGACCCGUCUGGCAUCCACCCAUCGACCCGUCCACCCGUCCAUCUACCCGUCCAUCGACCCGUCCAUCGACCCGUCCAUCCACCCAUCCACCCACCCACUCAUCCACCCAUCCCAUCUCACCCUCUCCCUCCUGUCUGAUCUGCCCCACAUCAUCACGUAG